AUGCUCUCCAGGAUUCCCUGGGCGGGGCCGUGGGCCCGGAGGCCCAGUCGACGCUCAGCACCGCGGACGAGACUGCGCAGGCCGGGCGGCGCGGAGACCCUCGCGUCAGCCGCCACGCAGACUCGGCCCAGCUCCUCCUGCGCCCUGGCGGAAGUGGAGGCCCGUCCUUCCGGUCGUUCUUCCGGGCGGCCGCCCGCCAACUUCCGGCGGGCGGGUGGGCGCGCGUCGCGUAACGACCUUCUGCGCGGACGGUCGGCAGGCUGCGGCGUGCGGAUGGAGGGCUCGGCCUCCGCCGCGGGCUCCCCGCUCUCCCGGGCCGCGGUCGUCCUGCUGCUCUCCGCCUUCGUAGUGCGGGCGCCCCCGUCAGUUGGGUAUUUGGUUCGAUUACCAAGAGGUUUCAGCUUGACCCAAGAUUUGGUGAAAAUAGUGGGAUCACCAGAUUUUCCAGUGAAAGUAUAUGUUAUGCUCCAUCAAAAGAGUCCACACUUGUUAUGUGUAACCCAGCGACUGAGAAAUUCUGAACUGAUAGACCCAUCAUUCCAAUGGCAUGGGCCAAGAGGAAAAAUUAUUUCAGAAAACAGUAGUGCACAAGUAACAACCACAGGAAGCCUUAUAUUCCAGAACUUUGAGGAGAACAUGAGUGGAGUUUACACAUGUUUCCUUGAGUAUAAACCUAUGGUGGAAGAAGAAGUUAAAAAUCUUCAACUAAAAUAUGUUGUAUAUGCUUAUCGUGAGCCUCGCUAUUUUUACCAGUUUACAGCUCGCUAUCAUGCAGCUCCCUGCAAUAGUAUCUAUAAUAUUUCUUUUGAGAAGAAACUUCUUCAGAUUUUAAGCAAAUUGGUUCUUGAUCUUUCAUGUGAAGUUUCCUUACUUAAGUCUGAAUGCCAUCAUGUUAAAAUGCAAAAAGCUGGUUUGCAAAAUGAAUUGUUCUUUACAUUUUCAGUUUCGUCUAUAGAACCUGAAAAAGGACCCAAGCCAUGUGCAGACCAUAACUGUGAAUCUUCCAGAAGACUAGCUAAGGCUAAAAAUCUCAUAGAGAGAUUUUUUAAUCAACAAGUAGAAGUUCUAGGCAGAAGUGCACAACCAUUGCCUGAAAUAUACUAUAUUGAAGGUACUCUCCAAAUGAUUUGGAUUAAUCGCUGCUUUCCAGGGUAUGGAAUGAAUAGCCUGAAACAUCCAAAGUGUCCUGAGUGCUGUGUGAUCUGCAGCCCUGGAUCUUAUAAUCCCCGUGAUGGAAUUCACUGCCUUCAGUGCAAUAGCAGCCUGGUGUAUGGAGCAAAAGCAUGCUUAUAGGCCAUUAUUUUGAGUUCUUUGGUGGUUUAUUAAACACAAAAGUAUAUUUUUGAAAUAUUAAUAUACAAUAAAUCACUAUUAUGCCAAAAUUAAAUAUAUUAGAUUUUAC